GAAGUGCCUUUGUCUCAGCGGGAGUUUCAACAACUCCUACUGGAGGAGGAUGUGGAUCGCCUCUUACGUGGCAUUGGUGUGGACGUUGUGGCGCUGGUGGAUACUGCCGAUGUCAUCUAUGAGGACUUCAACAAGUUUGGCAUGAGCAUGACUUUCGAGAACUUGGUGGAGACCAUCUUGAACUUGCGCGGAAAGAACACCGCCACGGUCAAGGAUGUGAAAGAGCAAUCCAGAGUCAUCAAGUCCGUGGUGCAACAGACCCUGCAAGCGAAUGGCUCGAAGGUCAUGGAGGAGUUUCAGUACCUACGUGCCGAGUUAGCACUCCUGCGGGAGGAGGCACUGCGGCGGGAUGAAGAUGACGAGGAUGAGGAUUACAAUUUGCUACCUGUGGAGACCGCCGAGGUCGAAGUGCAGGAUGUGCAGUUUCCCCGAGUCGACGAAGUGGAUGAAGCGACGGAGGAAGCUCCGGAAAGGACGCGAAGAAGCUCAACGGGCCGAGAGCUCGGUGAGCACUGAGUUGAAGCUGCAGAGCACUCGCAAGCAUGGACAAGUAUAGACAGCGAGGCCAGCCAUUGAUUUGUCAGACGAUAUCAGACUUGUCAUUGGGAAAAUUGAUGAACAUCGUUGGUGUAGGGAAAGCCUUGGUCGGCGCGGAAGAUGUGAAGGUGCCUCCUGGAAGAGGUCCACAAGGUAUAACUCCCCAAGGGCAUCCGAGGUCCAAGAGGCACAGAGUCAUUCGAGUGAAAAAGGCUUGAUUCAUUGGCGGAGAGGGACAUCCAUGUAAGCACCCUUUUCAGCCAAACAUAUGAAGUAUUUGC